AUGCCGUCCUACACGGUCACGGUGGCCACGGGCAGCCAGUGGUUCGCGGGCACCGACGACUACGUGUACCUGAGCCUGGAGGGUACGGCGGGCUGCAGCGAGAGGCAUCUCCUGGACAAACCCUUCUACAACGACUUCGAGCGCGGCGCGGUUGACUCCUAUGAUGUGACUGUGGAAGACGACCUUGGAGAAAUUCAGCUAAUAAAAAUUGAGAAACGAAAAUAUUGGUACCAGGAUGACUGGUACCUUAAGUAUAUCACUGUAAAAACGCCAAUGGGUGACUAUUUGGAGUUCCCAUGUUACCGUUGGAUUACAGACGAAAAAGAGAUUGUCCUUCGAGAUGGAAGAGCAAAGCUCCCCCGGGAUGACAAGACCCAGAUUCUCAAGCAGCACAGACGCAAAGAGCUCGAGACCCGUCAAAAAAUGUACCGGUGGAAGGAGUGGCAUCCAGGCUUUCCCUUGAGCAUCGAUGCCCAUUCUCACAGUGAUCUGCCUCGUGACAUCCAGUUUGACAAUGAGAAAGGAAUUGACUUCAUUCUGAACUACUCUAAAGCGAUGGAGAAUCUUUAUGUCAACCGUUUCAUGCACAUGUUCCAAUCCUCCUGGAGUGAUUUUGCAGAUUUUGAGAGGAUAUUUGUCAGAAUCAGCAACACAAUUUCCGAAUAUGUGAUGCAGCACUGGAAGGAAGAUUUUAUGUUUGGCUACCAGUUCCUGAAUGGAUGCAAUCCUGUGCUGAUCCGGAGAUGCACAGAGAUACCCAAGAAGUUCCCUGUGACUAUGGAUAUGGUAGAAUGCAGUCUGGAGAGGAACCUGACCCUGGAGGAGGAAGUGAAGCAAGGAAACAUUUUCAUUGUGGACUAUGAGCUGCUGGAUGGUGUGGAUGCCAAUAAAACAGACCCGUGCACAAUACAGUACUUGGCUGCACCCAUCUGUCUGCUGUAUAAGAAUCUGGAGAAUAAAAUUGUACCCAUUGCAAUCCAGCUUGGUCAAAAGCCUGGGCCAGAUAAUCCCAUAUUCCUUCCUUCAGAUGCCACAUAUGACUGGCUGCUAGCUAAAAUUUGGGUUCGCUCAUCUGAUUUCCACAUCCACCAGACAGUGACCCAUCUCUUACGGACACACUUAGUCUCAGAGGUGUUCAGCAUAGCCAUGUUCCGGCAGCUGCCUGCUGUCCAUCCCCUCUUCAAGCUCUUGGUGCCACACAUGCGGUUCACAAUAGCCAUCAAUACCAAAGCCAGAGAACAGCUUAUCUGUGAAUGUGGCCUUUUUGACAAGGCAAAUGCUACAGGCGGAGGAGGACAUGUACAAAUGGUGCAGAAAGCAAUGAAGGAUCUGACUUAUAGCUCCCUCUGCUUCCCUGAGGAGAUCAAAGCUAAAGGGAUGGACAGCAAAGAGGAUAUCCCCUACUACUAUUACCGGGAUGAUGGCAUUAAAGUCUGGGAGGCUAUAAAGAGUUUCGCAGAGGAUGUGAUUCACAUCUACUAUGAGAGCGACGAGGUGGUGUGUGAGGAUGUGGAGCUCCAGGCCUUCGUCAAAGACAUUUACGUCUAUGGGAUGAGGGGCAUGAAGGCCUCAGGGUUUCCGAAGAUGAUCAGGACACGAGAGAAUCUAGCAGAAUAUCUCACAGUGAUAAUAUACACCACAUCAGCCCAGCAUGCAGCUGUGAAUUUUGGUCAGUAUGACUGGUGUUCCUGGAUUCCCAAUGCCCCACCAACAAUGCGCCGCCCUCCUCCAACAGAAAAGGGGACAGUCACCAUCGAGCAAAUUGUGGAGAGUCUGCCAGACAGGGGACGUUCUUGUUGGCAUCUUGGAGCUGUCUGGGCCUUGAGCCAAUUCCAGGACAAUGAACUGUUUCUGGGCAUGUACCCAGAUGAACACUUCGUGGAGAAGCCGGUGAAAGAGGCUAUGGCGAAAUUCCGCAAGAAUCUGGAUGAGAUCGUCAACACCAUCACUGAGCGCAACAAGAACAAAAAGCUUCCUUAUUACUACCUGUCCCCAGAUCGCAUUCCCAACAGUGUUGCUGUUUGAGCAGAUACCCAGGAGAGUUUGGAGGCAUGUAAAGCUAGUGAUGCUUUCCUGUUACAUAUGCUUCUUUUCAAUGAACUUUCAGAAAUGGAUAAAAUAAGAAACCCACCCACUUCAUCAGAGCUGAUCCAUAGUCUGUUUGGACUUUCUAAACAAAUUUGAUUAUGACCGAUCUUG